AUGGGAAGAGUCUGAAUAAUUUAGCUAUUUCGAAUUUUUUAUUAAAAAAAAAAAAAGAGGGAAAGUCUUACUCCUUUUCGAGCGGAAGGUGUUAACAAUUCGCAAGACGAAAAGCCCAGACAGAAAUUAAAAUUGAAGGAGACUGAAAACAAAACCCAUUCCGGCUUUAUCUAUCUUUAUCUCUCUCUCUUCACAGUUCAAUCAAAACAUAACAAGACAAAGCCUUUUCUUCACAUUCGUAGAAAGACACAGACGGAGAGAGAGAGCGCUUCACUGUUUCUUCUGCUUCUAAAGUCUGUUCUUUCUCUCUCAAUUUUCCCUUUUUGUUUUUUAUAAUUAAGUUGGUAAUUUCAGUCUGAUUAUCAAUCUUAAUCCAGGGAUUCUGCUGUCAAUGUUGAUAAUCAAGAUGACAGGACAGGAGCUUUAAUCUCUCCCUAAAUUACUGUGGAAGUCACACUAACCAGAUCCCAUUUUUGUUCAUAUGGUUUGUUGCAGAACCACUGAAUUCGGCUUCCACUAAUAUUUAAUGAAAUCCAAACUCAUCUCAAGUAAGAACUUACAACAUUUAUGUCAACUCAUUCUGUAAUUUCUGCCCUUAGGAAGCGGAAAAAGAAAAACCUUGUUCAGAUGAUCUUUAAUUAUGAUAUUAACCUUAGCUUAAUUGUAGCUUACACAAGUUGCGUUGAAACAUGAAUGGAAAUAGGCAAAUGGAGGUGCAUUACAUAGAUACAGGCUUUCCUUACACUGCUACUGAAAGCUUUAUGGACUUUUUCGAAGGUCUAACACAUGUUCCACCAAAUUACUCUCACGCUGGACCUGGACUGAUGCAUGAUCAGGAAAACAUGUACUGGUCAAUGAAUAUGACCGCAUACAAAUUUGGAUUUUCUGGUCUGGAAAGUACUUUUUACAGUCCAUAUGAGGUAAAUGAUCAUUUCCCAAGAAUGGAUGUCAGCAGGAGGACUUGGGACUACCCAUCAAUGCUGAUUUUGGAAGAGCCUGCAACUUUAGAUUUGCAGCCUAGACGUGAUGCAGUUAUGGGCGUCCAUGCUAUCCCUGAAGAAUGUUUUCCAAAUUAUCAAAGCAAUAGUAAUUCUCAGGUGGUUUUGCAAGACAAUAUCGACCCGGAUAACAUGACCUACGAGGAAUUGCUUGACUUAGGGGAGGCAGUUGGAAGUCAAAGUCGGGGUCUAUCCCAGGAGCUUAUAGAUUUGCUUCCAACCUCAAAAUGCAAGUUUGGAAGCUUCUUCUCAAGGAAAAAGUCUAAAGAGAGAUGUGUGAUAUGCCAGAUGAGGUACAAAAGAGGGGAGCGGCAAUUGAAAUUGCCAUGUAAGCACAUCUACCACUCAGAAUGCAUCAGCAAAUGGCUUAGCAUCAACAAGAUAUGCCCAAUCUGCAGCAAUGAAGUAUUUGUGGAGGAAUCAAGGCAUUAAGACAUUGAAAUUAGAAAGAUUUAGAGUAAUCGUGGCUCGACGUUUUUUUUUUUCGUUUAAACCUUUUUAUAGUGUUCAUUUAGCUGCAUUUGGUUGGUUUAUAUUUUUAUCUUGCAAGCUGUGAAGGACAUUUUUCUAUUUUAUAUACAUUAUUUUAAGAAGUGGAGAAAAACUAUGUUUCCUAAGGUUGUAUAGUAAGAAAUAUGGUUGGAUGUCAUGUUUGCUGGAGACAUCUAAAGAAGAAGAAA